GGGGACCGCCAAGUGACAGGAUGGAUGGCUUUGACGUCGGUUCAACACAGUAUCGUCGUGUGUAUCGUGUAGUUCGUUCCGUCGUACUCCAUACCUUGGGCUACUAACUUAGUUACUACCCACCGAGAGGGAGAAAUCCCCAAAGCGUGGGAGGGGGGCCAAGUAGGGCUGAACUUGGCAUCUCGGUGUGAGGGACUGACUGUAUGCGCGCGCCCAGACGGACAGACGCUCGACUGUCUACGAGUCAACUCCUCCAGUGGCCGCGCGAGUAUGAGCUCCGGCCCAGCGGCUUUCCGUCGCCGCCUGCAACAAAUCAAGACGUCCUCGUCCGCAUCAUCCAUCGGCAUGACUCCAGACGCCGUGUCCUCGGACAGCGACAUCCAGCCAGAGUCGGGGUUUGGGCAGCCCUCCUCCUCCUCCAUGCGGCGGACGCGAGACCAUGGAGCGCGGCCGCUGGCUCGCUCCGACACCUAUCGCCAGCUGACAAUCAUGAUCAACAACAGCCACGUUGGUCUGACCAAGGCGCUGCUCCUUCUCGUGCCCGUCGCCAUCGCGGCGGACCUGCUGCGCCUGUCUCCCGUGGCCGUCUUCGCCCUCAACCUCUUGGCCGUGGUGCCUCUGGCUGCCAUGAGCAUCUACAGCAUCCUGGCGCUAACUAGGAAUGCCGGUGCCCUGGGCGGCCUGCCCCGGGCCGUCUUUGGCAAUGCAACCGAGUUGACUCUUAGCAUUGUCGCCAUUUACCAUGGCAAGACGCAGCUCGUGCUCGCGAUUGCAACCGGCACUGCGGCCUAUUACUCGCUCCUUGUGCUAGGCGCCAGUUUCUUGCACGCCAGCUACGGCAAGACGGACGUCCCCUUCAGCAAAACCAAGUCAGGCGUCCUGUCUUCGCUCGUCAUGGCCACGGCCUUUUGCCUGACCAUCCCGACCGCCAUGUCCCUGGCAACAGACGAGGAGGACAAGUCAAGGACGAAUCCUCCUGCUGCUGCUGUCGACGGAUACGCCCUCCACCUCUCGCGCAUCAUCGCCGUGGUCCUCUUCUUCCUCUUCAUGACCUACCUCACAUUCCGGUUCCUCACGCACAAGCAGCUCUUCCCCAGGAACACCAGCGCGGUGCACGCCAACCCAGAUAGCCGCACCAACUCAGUGCUGGACAUGAACCCGGCCGGCUCGGCAUCGUCGCUGGCUCUCGCCGCCGGCUUCGCGGGGAGCGCCGUCUGCACGGCCGCGUGCGCCAACUCGCUGCUGCGCAGCAUGAGCUCAGCGACGCGAGCGCUGCAUACGACGGAGGCGUUUACAGGGUUCGUGAUCCUGCCGCUGGUGGCGAGCCUCGCCAAGUCUGUGACCAUCUGCCAGCACGCGCGGUCCGACGGCACGCCCGCACCGGGGCAGAUGGGCCGGCUCGACUUCGCAAUCCGGUCUGCUAUGACAAACGUCUUGGACACGUUGCUCUUCGUCAUGCCCCUGCUUGUGCUGCUGGGCUGGAUCAUGGGGCGGCCCAUGGCUCUCCAGUUAGACCUCUUCGAGGCCGUCGUGUUCUUGUUAGCGGUCCUCAUCAUGACGUACCUUGUACAGCAUGGCAAGACGACCUACUUUGAAGGCUUCAUGCUCAUAGGAACAUACGUUUCUAUCGUCGUUGCAUUCUAUGUUCGCCCCGAACCGAUUGCAUAAUCAUCCUUCGCCAGAAACUCGGUUAAAAUGACACGCUCUAUAUUCAAGAUUUCCGGGACCAAAUCGCUGCAUGGCGUGGCGCCCGCAUCUCAAUUGUUUGGCUCGGUAAAGAAGGCCAUGGUGAUGACGGCGUAGCUAGUGUUGGUUUUAGCGACGGUGCAAUAAAACAGAGGGUGCGGCUUAGCUCCUUACGCGCAGAGGAACAUGACGCCGUGAAGGUCUGCGAUACCUCGAAGUUGAGAUCAAGCGGCGGGCCCAUGACCCAGCUGACGACGAUAAGGACGGGGAGGACAAAAAGGGCAAUCUGUAGGAUGCUGCCAAUGAUGACUCCGAUAGCAAAGUCGAUCCUCUGUUUCUGUGAGGCUGCCAGCACUUGCGUCAGCUCCGGGGCGUUGCUCGCCAAGGGGAUAACGAAGAGCGCUACGAAGGUCUUGGUGAUGCCCAAGGCCUGCGUCGUCCCAUCGAGGCUUUCCAUGAAGGAGUGCGUGCAUUUUCCGAUGAGCAGGCUCGAGAUGAGGAGGACGGCCCCCGCCGUGUACGCCGUGCCGCUUGACGGUGCGUCAUCCUGCUCGUCGUGGGCGAGGCUGCGCUCGCUGCCUGGCCGCGCAGGGUUGUCCACAGUAGGGAGCUCACCAUGUCCGCGGAUGGGUUCGUACUCUUCGACUCCGUCGUCGUGGCCGGUGAAUAGGGCAGAAUGCGUCUUGAGCUGGAAGUAGAGAUAUGCCGCGUAGAUUGUGAGUAGGACGACGACGGUUGCGCGGCUAAAGGAGAGGAUCUUUUUGCUGAUAUCAACGCCCGAGUUGGGUAAAGUCGCAGUGAGAGCUGUGGGAAGAGCCAGUGCCAUGGCGGCAAGGAGCAUGAGCGAGGACAGCGAGUCAACCAUGGCAGAGUUGACGCAGACGACCCCCUUUGCGCGCGCGGCAACGACAAUACAGAAGCCUUGGACCUGGAUGGCGUCUGUCAGCGCGGGCUCACUGGUGACAGUAGUAGGUAGGCUGCGUCGGACCAGCAAGAUGUCAGAUAGAAUGCUUCCUAGCAUCAUGGACUGUGCAACUUGGAGCUCGUCAUGGGCGAUGGCCAUUAUUCCAACCUGGCAGCUGAUGAUUAGCGUAUCCGAGCCGCGUACCCGCACAACCGUCUGCCAGAG